ACUUUUCAUAAAACAGAACUAGAAACUUUCAUCAAUUAAACGUAAAAUGCAAUAUUAGGCGCGCAAAUGUAAUUUCCCUAGUAAGCAGGAAGUACCUACAUUAUAAAUUGAAAAAUGUGCUGACUUCCUGAAGCGCUGUAAGUAAAUCUUCCUUUUCUAACGUAUCCAUUGACCAUGCCGUUUACUGCAAUGGCGGUAUAGAUAUUUCACGAAGAAGAAAGUGGAUUUUCUGCAAUGAUGAUUACGAUUUGAGUGGGCAAGGUCUAGUUGUACUUUUAUAGACUAUAGAAUUCAGUUUCUUCCAUAUUGAUCAGUGUACUAGCCAAUAUAACAUAAUCUUACUUAUAAAAAACAAAAAAAUCCAGUUAUUGAUAAUAAUUGUUCCUCAAGGAGUUUACCGGCUUACAAGAAUAGGACACCAAAAAAUUCGCGGUAAUCCUUCCCGACGUCUUAGGUAACACUUGGUAUUUUACUAUCUGAAUGGACAAUAAGGUGGAUGUCUCAGAAGUAGAAAAUAUUUCAAUGAUUGGAUCGUCUGAAAUUUUUUAUCUGCCUGAAGUUGCAGAGAUAUCAGAGGUGUUAGAUUCUACUGGUCUUAGCCCUUUGACAUCUUCUUUAGAUCAUACUCUAACUCUCCAGGAGGAUAAACUGCUUUCAUCAGAAGUUAAUAUGGGCAUAGAAGAUACAUGGACUGAAGCAAAUAGUUCUACAUCAGAUUAUGCUAUUCCACUUCCACCACCACCAGGUUUAAAUGAUUUCACAGAUGUUGGUGCAGAUCCUAUUGGAGAUAGCGGAACUGGUAUAGAGUAUGGUCCAUUUUUACCUCCCGGUACUCCAGCUCUAAAUAAUUUGUUUUCAGAAGGUGGAGAUUCUCAAGAUGAUUCUCCAAUGGAAGAUGUAGUUUUACGUGCUGGAGUAUGUGGGCUUCGUAAUCUUGGUAAUACUUGCUUUAUGGCUGCUGGUUUGCAAUGUUUAACUGCAACACCACCCGUCCUGCGACAUUUUUUGGAUUUGCAGCAGAGGGGGGAAAAACUACCUCCUCCAGGAUCAUUGAUGGCACAUUUUAGUGUACUCCUUGGCAAAAUGUGGUCUGGCAAAUAUAGUGUUCUUAGGCCUACUGAGUUUAAACAAACGUUAGGAGCGUAUCAUUCACAAUUUAAAGACUAUAGACAGCAUGAUUGUCAAGAAUUUCUUGCACUUUUACUGGAUUCCUUACAUGAACAAAUGAAUACAGCAAAGUGUACAAAAAAUUGUCAAACUCCAUCAUCUACAACCACUGCCAACUCUAUUAAUUCAAUUGAGAAUUCAAACGGGAAAACCAUGUCCCCAGUCACUGCCACUAGUAAUUCCAAUUGUAAUACGGAUUUAUUGGAAAUGUAUGAUUGUUUACCAUCACCAGAAUGUCCAAAUAGCCCUAAUGUUACAAUGGCAGGCUCACCAAGAGAUUUAGGUUCGCCGAUAGGUGAAUUAGAUAGUAUUGCAAAUUCGCCACGAGGAUCGCCUUUAAAUGAUGGCGAUGACGACGAAGAGACACUUGAUUCUGAUGAAACUGUCGAAGCAAAGUCAAACACGUUUAUUCACAAUGUAGUCGAUGAGAAAAAAAAUGAAGUUACGCCUUCAUUAAGGCUAGAAACAUUAAUCGAACUUUCGAAAAAUGUUCCAAAAUAUCACGGUCUUUAUGAUAUUCAUAAAGAAGCAAAAACUAGUAAUGCAAAUUUUUUGGUAACACAACAAGAAUGUAACAACGAGAUUCAUUACGAUUCUCAAAAGUUUCCAAAAGAAAAUGUUCGUAGAAUGCCUUUAGACAAUUCAAAUUUAAUGGAAAAUCAUGAUUUUGACAAUAAAAGUGUCAGUAUCAAAAGAAUAAAAGAAGUCAAUGUUCAAAAAGUCAAUUGUGGUGUAGAUUAUACAUCAAGUGGUUCUGAUAUGGAGUAUGAUAAUGGCUUAGAGAAAUGUAAUGUAAAACGGAUGAGAUUGGAUGAUCAAGAGAAAAAUCAUAAACGUGAUGGCCAGGGAAGCAUUAGCUCUCACUGUACGCGAAUCUCACAAAGUUAUGGGAAUGGUGCUAUAGAAGCACAAGAUGAACUCGAGGCCGACAAACAUUGGGCAAAACAUUUAAAAUCUAAUAGAAGUAUUAUUGUUGAUACUUUCCAGGGACAGUUUAAAAGCAAGGUUGUUUGCGCAGUAUGUGAUCAUGUUUCUGUUACGUAUGAACCUUUCAUGUAUUUAUCAGUACCGCUACCUCAUGCGAUGGAGAGGCAAUUAAACGUUACAUAUGUUCCCGCAAACGGAGAUCAACCAAUAAGGUGCGUUGUUUCAUUAAACAAACAAUCACGCAUUGGAAAACUGAAGGAGGAGCUAUUAAAAACACUUGGCAAAGAAAAUAUUGCAGUAGCAAAUAUUGCACUUGCUGAAGUUUUAGAAAAUCAUAUAUCAAAGAUACUGGAUGACAAUACACUCUUGAGACACAUCAAUGAUACAAAUCGAUCUAUAUAUGCCUUUGAACUCACGGAACCUCCUGAUGCGUACACUUCAGUACCAGAUGGUGGUGGAGAUCGCGUGACGGAGACUGAUUCCUGUCAAAAAUGUACAGUGACGGGUGAAGAAAUUCCAUGUACAAUUUGUCUCGAAGAAUUGGACGGAGAUUUGAAAAGGCACAGCGGGAACAGUUGCAAUUUUGUUAUGUGUGAUACUUGUAUCGAGAAUUACUUCAAAAAUCAAACGGAACCGCAAAUGUGUCCAAUGUGUUCAACUUAUAUGACUGCAUCGUCCUUUAUUAAAAUAGAUCAGACAGGCAGACCGAGACCUGCAGUUAGGAUAUUAAAUGUACCAUUGGUCUUGCGACAUGAUACGACGAACGAGACGACAAACAACCGUAAAGGAACAAAACUUUUUGGGUAUCCGCAUUUAGUAAGAUUACCUUCGAGAGUAAACGCGAAAGAUUUGUACGAUAUUGUAAGAAAGAAUGUAUCACAAGAAGGGAAUUAUACACUUCAUUUUGUUACAGGACAGGGGCAUCAUUGUUCUCGUUGCAUGUAUACUACACAUUGUACAGGGUGCAGUGUACCUGAAACGGGUAUGGUAAUCUUGUGUAAUGGCGAUACUUUAGCUGUACGUUACACAGAACAGGUUCCUAAGAUCGCAUCCCCUAUCGAUCAUGUUAGCGUCAGCAAACAAAGGCCUCAUCAUCCCUUAUCUUUAUAUGAUUGUCUUCAAGCAUUUAGUCAAAGCGAAACAUUAGAUGAACACAAUCCGUGGUUUUGUCCAAAAUGUGAACGAAAUCGGUGUGCCACAAAAACGCUCACAGUUCAUAGAUAUCCCAAGUUCCUCAUAGUGUAUUUGAAACGAUUCGUAUUUUAUGAAUGUACUAGUAUGAAAUUGGACGAUAAAGUUACAUUUCCUUUGGUCGGUUUAAGUGUUGGGCAACACUUGUACGAUCUUUACGCGUGUGUUUGUCAUUUCGGAGGGGUUUCAGCUGGUCACUAUACCGCAUACGCGAAAAAUCCUCGCACCGAUAUGUGGUACUACUACAAUGAUGAAAUUACUAGCAGACAAAAACCACAGGAGGAAGAUUUUAGCAACGCAUAUAUACUUUUUUACAGUCGGCAAGGGACCAAUUUAAAAUCGUGUAAUAUAUAACCAGUGCUGGAACAAAGAAACUGGCAAACAGGCAGUGCCAGUGAGAUAAAAAGUGUGAGAAACAGAAUAGAAUAUAGGAAAUCAAGAGAAGAGUUUAUAAGGUGUUGCGUUUAUAUGUUGAUCGAACUGCGUCAUACUGAAUGGGAAACUGCUCAGAAAUUUCUCGAUCUAUUUUCCUAAUAAUUCGUUCAUGAUCUGUCUCUGUGUCUCUUUUCCUUUCUUACACUAUUGUCGCUGUUAAAUUCGUAGUGAAUAUCUUACAACGUGAUGUACACGUGUAAAUUCAUUGACUGUCGAGUAUUGUGGAUUGGUACAUUUUAUCAAUGACCGUUUACUGAGUUGGAAGGUAUGUUGUUACCAGAUUAUUAAUGAUGUUUAACAUGAAAAGAGCAGUUGGGUAAGAAAAAGUUAAUAAUUUGGAA